AUGAGCUGGGCGGUGGAGGAGUGGAAGGAUGGACUUCCAGGGAAAGCCCUGCUGAAGAUCCAGGAGAUGGAAGGCCAACUGGACAAACUGAAGAAGGACCGGAACCAGAAACAGUUCCAGCUGGAGUCCUUAGAGGCCGCCCUGCAGAAACAGAAACAAAAGGCGGACAGUGAACGUACUGAGACCUCUGCUUUGAAAAGGGAGAACCAGUCUUCACUCGAGUCCUGUGACUCGCUGGAGAAAGCCCGUCAGAGGGUUGUCCAUGAUCUCGGAGUCAAAGAGCAGCAGGUGAGCUAUCUGGAUGGCCAACUUAACUCCUGUAGGAAGACCAUAGAGCGACUGGAGCUGGAGCUGAAAAAGUACAAAACUGAACUGGAUUGUUCGCAGUCUGCUGGCUCUUCCUCCUUGUCGUCGUCCUCCUCUGACCUUCAGCCCUACACUACCCCACAGAAAAGUUUCCCUACCCCAGCUCCUGUCGCAGACUACAGACAGCAGGAUAACAGACUAGAUGAGCUUCAGGAGAAAUACAGCCAGGAGGUAGAAGAAAGAAAAAGGCUGGAGACUGAACUCAAAGUCAUGCAGGUCAAGCUGUUGAAUCAGUCCUCAGUCACUGUGAGCCACAAGGACAUCGCUGCCCGCCAAGCUGGGUCUUCCAUAUUCCCAUGGCAGGAUCAGGCCCACAGUCGCCAGUCUCAGGAUGCAAUGGAAACGCCUCUGAAGAGGCGGGGAACAGCCCACGAGGAGACGCCCAUUAAAACCAGCCAGCGGGUGAGCUCUUCCAGAGCAGUGCAGAGUCCCUGUGGAUCCUCUCAGCAGAUGGAGCAGCUGAAGAACAUCAACCACGAGCUGCGUGGCCGUGUGUCAGAACUGGAAAACAAUCUUUCCGCUCAGGAGAAGGAAAUUCGUAACCAAGCCUCCAAGCUGCAGGAACUACAAACUCAAGUGAACCAGGCCCGCAAAGAGCUGACGGAACGGGACCGAGACCUGGCCAAGACCAGCCACGAGCUGAGUCAGGCCACAACUGAACAUCAGCAGGUUCUGACCAAGUGUUCCUCAGUUGAGCAGAAGCUGAAACAAGUGUCGGAGGAGAUGAGCUGUCAGAGGCACAACGCCGAGAGCUGCAAACGAGCCCUCGAGCAGAAACUCAAGGAGCAGGAGAGGGAUAGUCAAAAGGAACUAGCCCAGCUGCAGACCUCUCACCAGGCUUUGGACCAGCAGAUGAACCAGACCAGAACCAAGCUGACCCAAGAGAUUCAACAGUCCAAAAAAGACUACAAUGUACUGCUGGCUGACAUUGAGAAGAUGGGCGUCCAGAAGAGUCAGAUGGAGAAGGCGGUAGAGGAGCGGAAACAGAAAUUGCUGAGGUCGGAGCAGAGCCUCCAGGCGAGCCAGACCAAAGAGCAGGACCUCCGCAAAAAAAUGGAGGAGCUGCAGAAAGAGAAGAACAGUGCGUCUGUCCAGCUGGACCAGAGCAGCCGGCGUCUGAGUCAGCUGGAGGAAGAGAAGAAGAGUGCAGACCAGAGUUUCAAGCGCACCCAGGGGUUACUAGAUGACCUUAAAGCCAAAUCAGAAGGCCAGGCGGAUGAGCUGAAGAGACUUAAGACCAAACUGGAGAAGGAGGCUCAGGCUUCGUCCCGGGAGCUGGAACACUUGAAGAAGACAUUUUCUGAUGCGGAGGCCAAAAAUGACAAAAAUCAGAGUGAACUGCAGAAACGGAAGCAAGAGACCGAAAAUCUGACCGACAAAUUGACGGCGAAGGAGAACGAGAGUCGAGAGCUGAAGUCUAAUCUCACGGCGAGUCAGAAUGAGAGUAAGGAACUGAAACGAGAACACGAAGCUCUGCUGGAGUGGAAGAAAGAAAAGGAAACGUUGAUUCAUGAAACUGAGGCUGUGCAAAAAGACCUCACUGACAAAAUUGGCAACUUGGAGAAGAGUCUCGUCUCUCUGAACGAGGCUAACGAUGACGUUACGAAGCAGCUGCUGAGCGUGGAGGGAGACAAGACCGGCAUGUCUGCUCACAUUGAUUCCCUGAAGGGAGAACUCCUCACCAAGAGCACAGAGUUGGAAGAGAGGGAGCAUCAGUACAACGAGCUGCAGUCCACGUUCUCCGAGGCCAGACAGAAGCACACCAAGGACCUGGAGAAUGUUGCUGUGCAAGUGGCUCAGCUUGGAGCACAGGUCAAAGGUCUGGAGUCCCAGUUGCAAAAGGAAAUCACUCGAGCCGAACAGGCCGAGAAGACCAACGGUGAGCUGCAGGAGGAGCACCAGGCGGCCUGCGGCCUGCUCCGCUCCACAGACCAGCUGAUGGAGUUGGGCCAAGCGGAGACCCGGCAGCUGAGGGAGAGCCUCGCUCAGGCCACCGCUCAGCAAGAAGAGCAAACUACCAGGUUGGCAGAGGAGAAGGCCGCCCUGUUGAAGCAGUGUGAGGAGAGUGUUUCAGCAAAGGUGGAAGAGAUGGAGCAGCUCACGCUUCAGCUGGAGGAGACGAAGCAAGAGCUGCUGCUCACCAAACACCAGCUCAGUUCAGCAGACCAGUUCCUGAAGGUCCAGGAGCAGCUGAGAGUUGAGCUGCGGAAACAGAUAAAGACGAUGUCCGACGAUGAAGAGGAACACAAGAAGUUGCACGAUAAGAAAUCUGAAGAGCUUAAACAGUCGGAGGACGAACUGAAGGAUCUGCAGAGCCGCGCAGAAGAGCAGCAGAAGCGGUUCAGAGAGGCCGAAGCUCAGAUUGUGUCUCUGGCCAAACAAAAGGCGGAGCUUGAAGAUGCAGUUCAAGAGACAAAGAAAGAGGCCGAGGACUGCCAGCAAACUCUCAGUGAGAAGAUCAACAACCUUCUGGAGCAGGUCGCUUCCUUGGAAGAGGAGGUAGCGGCGAGCAAAGCUGCAGCGGAGAAGCUUCCGGUCUUGAGUAAUGAACUGGCUGUGGUCAACCAGUCCCACGCCGACCUUGAGAAGCACCUAGAAGCUCUGGAGACGAGUCACCUCUCCGCCGUUGAACUCAAGUGCACUUUGGAGAACGCCCUCGCUGAGAAAACCAGUCUGACCUCAACGUUGGAGAAAGAAAUCAAAGAGCUCACGGAGAAGACGAGCAAAGACGCAGAGAGUCACGCUUCGGAUGUCGAAAACUUCCUGGAAAAGGAGAAGAUCCUCGAAGAGAAGCUCGACGCCACGAAGCAGUCGGCGACCGCCGCUAAAGCGGAAGCGAGUUCCCGACGGGAGCAGAUCAAGACCAUGAAGGCGACGCUGUCGGCGGCGUCGCGCGGCUUGGAAGAGAGAGACGGCUCCAUAAAGAGUCUGAAGGAGAAGCGGAAUAAGGCCGAGGCAGAGCAGCUCAAAACAUCCCACCUCCUGAAGGAGAAGAUGACCGCCAUGAACAAAAUAAAGGUUCAGCUGGAGAUGCUGCAGAUGGACCUGGAGGACAACGAGACGGUCAGGAACUCGUUUGACGGCCAGGUGGAGCAGCUGAAGGAGACCAUCGAGUCACUGGAGGCUCAGCUGGCUCACAACCAAACUCAGGUGUUUGCCAUGGAGGCCCGGCUGGAGGACAGCAAAGCCCAGGUCUCCGUCUUGGAAACCCGGUUAGACGAGGUCCAGUCGCAGAACUCCGUGCUGGAGUCGCAGUACGUCACAGCUAAGGAGGAGCUGAUGGAGAGGAGCUGGGAGAUAACUCGUCUGGAAGAGGACGCCGUUGAACAGAAACAUUUGGAGGAGACUGUCGCUACUUUAGAGUCUAAACUCGGCCAGACCUCAGAGGAACAUACCAAGGUAGUGACGACUCUCAGGCAGGCAGCGGAGGACAAAGACCAUCAUCUCAACCGGCUGCAACAGGAGAAAACCGACCUUCAGACGACUUUGACGCAGUUGAGAAAUGAGAAAGAGCAAGUAGAAAGUGAAGGGAUUCAAGUCGAGGCAGAGAAGAAACGUCUGGAAGGCACUUUAGACGAACUGUCUGAGGAGAACAAACGGCUGCAGACCAGCGUUCAGCAGCUAACUCAAGAAAAGCAGAAGAUUGAUCAAAUGACUGUCGAGAAACAGGAAGCUGAAUCCACCCUCAGACAAGUUAUGGAGCAGAAAGCCCAACUAGAUGUUACUCUCAAUCUGAUAAACGAGGAAAAAGUCCAAAUCGAGGCUAAACUAACUGAGCUGAUCUCCGAGAAAAAUACCUCUGUCGUGAACUUGAAUCAAGCGGUUGAGGAAAAGCUUCAGCUGGAGGGUAACUACCGGGAGCUGACGGAGGAGAACAUGAAACUACAUUCUAGUGUGAGUCGAGUGGUUGAGGAAAAGCUUCAGCUGGAGGGUAACUACCGGGAGCUGACGGAAGAGAACAUGAAACUACAUUCUAGUGUGAGUCGAGUGGUUGAGGAAAAGCUUCAGCUGGAGGGCAACUACCGGGAGCUGACGGAGGAGAACAUGAAACUACAUUCUAGUGUGAGUCGAGUGGUUGAGGAAAAGCUUCAGCUGGAGGGCAACUACCGGGAGCUGACGGAGGAGAACAUGAAACUACAUUCUAGUGUGAGUCGAGUGGUUGAGGAAAAGCUUCAGCUGGAGGGUAACUACCGGGAGCUGACGGAAGAGAACAUGAAACUACAUUCUAGUGUUACUCGAGUCACCGAAGAGAAGCUGCAGUUGCAAGAAACGAUAGAAAAACACGAAGAAGAGGCGGCUUCACUUAAAGAGCGGCUCGAGCUGACGGACAAGAGGACCGAGGAGGAGAACAGAGAGAGAAUCCAACCGUGUGAGGCGGAGCAGGCCGAACUGCAUCAGAAGCUGUCGGGCCUGCAGGAGGAGCUGGCUGUGUUCACGCAGCAGAACGACGCUCUGCUGGAGCAGGUGGGCCAACAGCACCGCCUCAUCCAGCAGCUCUCAGAACCAGCGGGGCCCCAGAAGGACCCCGCAGACGACAUCAGCCACAUGGACACUCAGCAGACAGAUAUUGGUGCAGAAGCAGCAGGACACACCGACGUAGAGCCGGCUCUUGAUGCAAGCAUCAAUGCCGAGUCCCUUCCCGUAAAGGACCAGCUGGUUGAACCUUCCCACCAGCCUGACGAGGCAUUCAGGGAGACGGAGCUGGUGUUCAAGGAGGACAUCGUUGAACAACUGGACGAGGAAAGGGAGGAACAUGCGGCCGCUACGAUGGGUAACGAGGAGCAGCAUCAACAACAACAACAACAACAACCCUUCCAUCAGUUUUCUGAAGACGGCAGUAACGAUGUUCUUGGGAGUAAUCCUGAAAUAUUUGAUAUUUCUCUCCCGUCUUCCUCUGUUGGGGAGAGCAGACGGUUGGAAUCCUCUGCAGAGUCAUUCCAGGUGCAAGAUGACCUCAACCACUCCACGGAAAUGAUCCCAAAACAAGAGCUCUGGACCUUCCGCUCUGAGUUUGAGAUGCUGAGUUCUGACCUCGCUCUGAGAAUGGAGUUGACCUCUGAACUGGAAGUCCAAGUCCAAAACUUAGAAGAUAAAGUUCAUGCCGCAGAGGAGGAGGCCCAGGGUUCAGCAAACAAGCUGAAGGUUGCUUUGGAGGAGAAUAAAGUUGUUUCUGACCGGAUGUCUCAACUGUCGGAGGAAAGGGAAACAUUCAGUCUGCAGCUCCAAACGGCUAAAUUCCAGUUGGAUGAUGUUAUUGAGAUGCUGGAAGGACUGGAAAUGACCAAAGGUGGAUGGGACGAGAAGUUCCUUCAGCAGGAGAGCGAGCUGAGGCGAGUUCGCUCUGAGAAAGCCAACCUGGAGCAGCACAUCCUGGGCAUGGAGUCUGAGCUGGAGACCUUACAGGCUGAGAAGAACAAACUGGGGGAUGAGAUGGAGGUCCGGAGGAAGACUUGUUCCAGCAUGGAGCAGCAGAUACAAACCAUCACUAACGAGACGACCCAGCUGAGGUCUGAACUCGUGUCGUGCACCGAGGAGCGAGAUGACCUGAACCAGUCUCUGGGCCAGUGGAGAAAGAAGGUCCACAGUCUGGAGAAGACCAACUGUGACACCAGAAACCUGAUUUCCAUCCUGGAGGAUGACAUCAGAGCCGGGAGGAAGGAGUACGAAGCCCUGCAGAGCCGCAUGGAGAAGCUGAAGACCGAGAGGCAACAGCUUGUGGAACAGAUGAAAGUCCUGGAGCAGGCGAUAUCCCAACAGAGUGGAGAGAGUCAGGAGCUGAUGAGCCAGCUGGACCAGGUGACAGUGGGCCACACCUCGGCCAAUCACAACUCUGAGUCCAUGGUCGGCAAGAUCCAGGCUUUAGAGGGAGAAGUGUGCCGUCUCUCCCAGUCUCUGGAGUCUUCUCUACUUGAAAAGGGAGAGAUCGCCUCUCGUCUGAACUCCACGCAAGACGAGGUCCGGCAGAUGAGGACGGGGAUCGAAAAGCUCCAAGUCCGCAUCGAGUCGGACGAGAGGAAGAAAAAGAAGAUGGGAGAGCUCUUCAAAGCUGCCAAGAGGAAGUCCGACUCACUGCAAGAUCGCAUUGAUGCUCUGGAGCGAGAGAAGGAAGACGAAGAGCAAAUCCUAGAAGACGCUGUGUUGCAGGCCGAAACAGCCAAAGCUGAGCUCGAGGAGGAAAGGAGAACGGUGGAGGAGGAGAAGAGGGAACUCGGCGAGAAACUAUCGGCGCUUUCUGCCAAGCUGGAAAACCUCAGAUCCGAGAAAGAACACAUGGAGAAAGAGCUGGAAAGCAAAAACGCAGAGAUCGAAGAACUGAAGGCCGUGAAGGAGGAGCUGGAGAGGGGGUUGGAGAGGGCCGAGGUGGACAGACGAGAGGAAGACGAGAGGCAGAAAUGCAGGGUAGAAGAGCUGAAGAAGGGAAUGAAGGAGGAAGAGGAAAGGCUCAGGGGUCAAAUGGAUGACCUCCAGGCACAGCUGCUGGCCUCACGGCAGAGAGAGAUGUGCCUGGGACAAAAGAGUGCAGAAACGGAAGGGGAGAAAUGGGAAAUGCAGUCUGUCCUCGUAAAGAUGGAGAUGGAAAAAACGUCUCUUCAAUCUUCUCUGGAGGAGUGCGAGACGGAGAGAGAGAGGCUGCGCUCUCAGGGAGAGGAGUGGAAGGAGGAGAGAAACACCCUGAGGACCGGCAUCGUGGCUUUGGAAGAAGAAAUUCAGAAGCUUGAAACGCUCAUAAAAACUCAAGAGGAAGCGAGAGAAGCGUUGGAGAGGGAGGCGGAUCGGAGAGACGCCACGGAACAGUCCCGCUCGUCUCUCGUGGUGGAAAAAGAACGGAUGGAAGAAGAAAACGGAAGGCUGGCGGAGGAGAAGGAGAAACUGCAGUCGACCCUGAUUUCAGUAGAACGAGAGAAAGACACUCUGCAUCGCACUCUUGCGUCUGUUGAGGAGGAGAAAGAGAGGCUGAAGCGAGAGGGGGGGAUGCUCGCUGACGAGAAGGAGGAGCUCCAGUCGAGUCUCUCCUUGGUAGAAAAGGAGAAAUGUAACAUGCAACAAUCUCUUUCUUCAUUAACGGACGAGAAGAACAAAUUGGAGGAGCGGAAGCGGGUGUUGGACGCCGAAAAGCAAGACUUGCGGUCUUCCCUUUCUUUGAUCGAAGUGGAGAAAACCCGCCUCUCGUCAGCUCUUUCUUCGCUGGAACGAGAGAAGCAACAAGCGGAAGAGGAGAAAACGAGAGUGACGGAGGCACGAGAGGCUCUCCGGUGCACGGUGGCCUCCAUGGAGGAGGAGCUGGAGGCCUCCAACGCGUCUGCUGCGCAGCUCCGUGAGCAGGUGUCAACGCUCACCUCUCAGGCCGCGCGUCAGGCUAAAGAGAGAGACUCUGCCUUGAGCAAGAUGGGUCUCUGGAUGAAGACCUGCAAACAACUGGAGCAGGAGAAGCAAGAGAUGCUAAACCACUCAGGGGAUGUAAAGGUCAGUGAGGCGCUGCAGACUGAGGGAGACCAGCUGAAGAUGGAGGCAGAGAAGCGACGGAAGGAAGUGGAAGAGCUGAACACUGCCCUGCAGCACAAGAGCGUGGAGGCAGAAGAGAAAACCAAGGAGGUGGAAGAACUCCAGGCUGCCCUCGAUGGAGGGAAGAAGGAGUUGGAGGAGAGGAACUCCGAGCUGAGGAUGAUGACGAGCGAGUUGGAUGAGUUUAAUAAACUCCUGGAGGAGAAGAGCGUCGAGGCAGACGAGAGCAUCGAUAAAUACUGCGGCCUGAUGGUUAAAGUCCUCAAACUGGAAGAGACCAAUGACGCGCUGACCACCCGCCUGGAGCAGCUCACCGCUAGCCACCGCGCUAACGAAGCUAAAGUCCCCGCGAGCGGCGCCGCGGACGCUCGCCGCCGGCGGUCAGCGAGGAAGCCUUCCUCCAACCACCGGGAAGAACCGGAUAAAAACAGUGAAAACAUUUCUCCCUCGAGCCCUCGGAGGUCUCCUCAGGGUUCAUCGUCGGCGAAAAGAGGUCACCGGGACAUCAGUAACGAAGACAGCGCGCAGGAGGCCCUGCACAACCUGACCAAGAAGAUCAAAGCCAACGCCGUGACCACGCCCAAACCCAGGGCGGGACAGGAAGACGAGUUCAAGCCAGAGGGACUUCCUGAGCUGGUGCAGAGAGGUUUUGCUGACAUUCCUCUGGGGGAGGCGAGUCCGUUCAUCAUGAGGAGAACCACAGUGAAGCGCUGCAGCCCCCGACGGGCCGCCAGGCAGGAGGCUGGGGCGUCUGACGGCACGGCUUUGGGGGCCACGUCCCUCCGGAGCCCGUCCAACAGGAAGUGCGUCUCCACAAGUGACGAGGAUGAACUCAAGACACCGGAGCAGGAAGAGGGACAACAAGACAACUGUCUAGUCCAGUAGAUUGAUGCACACACACACACACACACAUUGGUGUUGUAUUUAUUUUGUUAUAUACACAUGCACAAAAUAAUCUCACAUUCAGUUGGGGGUGUGUGUGUGUGUGUGAACGUGUCACUUGAUUUUAUUCAUCUUUAAGUCGUAAUAAAUACAAUAGAGGCGGCUUGAAGAUGAGUAUGUUACACGCUUUAUUAUGCUAUAUUGUUAACAAAACAGUUUUUAGGUCUUUUUACAAUCAAUACAACCCUGACUGUUUAGUGUUGCCUCCAGAAUGUAAAUAAUCCGCGUUUGUUCCUCUUUCUUGACGACUUUACUUUGUACCAGUUUCUUUAAUACUGACCUACUGGGUGAACUUUGUUUUCCUGUGUCCUGUUCUGUAAGAGAUGUCUUUGUCCACGUUAGAUGACACGCAGCAGCGACGUGUCCUCCGGCUAUCGGCCUGUGAACAUAUCAGCUCAUGGCAGCUAAGAUUGUGUAGAUUUUGGUAUCUUCUAAAUGUUUUUAUUUUAUUCUUAACUUUUUUCUUUCUUUACUAAUCGGCAGAAAAUACGGAGUGCAGACUUGUGUCUGUUUUUAGUGGAGUUGAAUGUUAAUGAUCACUGUGUCUGUAUAUAGUUAAUUGUCCUUUUUUAUACUAAACCAUAACUGCACCAUAA